GAUCUUUCUUCUUUUUUUGUUUUUGUUUUUCCUUUAAUUUUUUAUUUUUUAAGGUACAGUAACAGCUGAGUGCUGCGUUCGUGCAUUCGCAGAAUGACGGUCCGCCGUCACCGCCCCUUAUAGCUUCCUCCGAUCAUCACCCUUUCUAUCAUCGAGACACCGAGUGACGGCAGCGGCGACGAUUAUAUGGCGGAGAUCAAGGCCAUCGGAGUUGUGGGAAGCGGCCAAAUGGGCUCCGGAAUCGCCCAACUGGCCGCCGUAAACGGCGUCGAUGUGUGGCUUCACGACACCGACCCCGACGCUCUCCUCAGAGCUUCCAAAGCCAUCACCGGUUCCGUCCACCUUCUCGUCUCCAAAGGUCACCUCUCUCAGAUAGAAGGUGCUGCUGCCCUGGGGCGUUUACGGUGUACCUCAAAUUUGGAAGAGCUUCAAUCUAUGGAUGUCAUUGUUGAAGCUAUAGUGGAAUCCGAGGAUGCGAAGAAAAAAUUGUUUUUUGAAUUGGAUAAGCUCACUAAAGCAUCUACUGUUUUAGCCUCUAAUACUAGCUCCAUCUCCAUUACUCGUUUAGCUUCAUCAACUGGUAGGCCAGGCCAGGUGAUUGGGAUGCAUUUUAUGAAUCCUCCUCCCGUUAUGAAACUGGUCGAGAUUGUGAGAGGUGCAGACACAUCAGAUGAGACAUUGAAUGCAACGAAGGCCUUGGCAGAGAGAUUAGGCAAGACGGUGAUAUGCUCUCAGGAUUAUCCUGGUUUCAUUGUGAAUCGUAUCCUGAUGCCAAUGAUAAAUGAAGCCUUUUUCACACUUUACACUGGUGUGGCAACAAAGGAGGACAUAGAUGCAGGAAUGAAGCUGGGAACGAAUCAUCCGAUGGGUCCUUUGGAGCUUGCUGAUUUCAUUGGGCUGGAUGUUUGCUUAUCGAUAAUGAAGGUUCUCCAUGCUGGAUUGGGUGACAGUAAAUACGUCCCCUGCCCUCUUCUUGUGCAGUAUGUCGAUGCAGGUCGCCUAGGGAGAAAACGAGGUGUUGGAGUAUACGACUACCGUGAAGUACCAGCAGAAGGGAAUCAGUCGUCUCGAAUUUGAGCCAUUAUAUUUUGAUGAAAACGAUGAUGAUAACAAGGAAUGAAGUUGGGAAAAAACUGGCCAAUGGGUGUUCAUGUUGCUCUAGGGGGUAGGUGAUAUGCUUCCUGCUACCAUUGAUGCAAGUCACUUAUAGGGGGAAACACCGUAUAUGUGUGUGUAUAACCACAGCACAGCAAAUAAAGCAAUGGACCAAUUGCCUCAA